GCGGAUUUGGUACCUAACACUAUCGACACCUAGGUUGACACCGUAUGUUGUGGGUGUUCAUAUGAACUCACCUGCCAAUCCUCAUCACGCUGGUGCGUCGGGCGGUACCGAUAUUGGCAACAUCAACACUUCCCCUCCCACUGAAGAAUAUGUCUUGUAUGGAGCUGUGGUGGGUGGCCCGGGUCAAGACGACUUGUUUUAUGAUGUUCGUGACGAUUGGCAGCAGUCGGAGGUGGCGCUAGACUAUAACGCUCCCUUCCAAGGUCUAGUGGCGUACCAGCUUGUCACCAACGCCUCCGACCCACCGUAUACCACCAUCACCCAGCCCAGACCCGCCAUCAAGAAACCAUUCCCCAAGUGGGCCAUUGCCGUCAUUGUCAUCAUCCUCUUGCUCAUCUUGGUUGCACUCGGUUUAUUGUGGUGGAAGCGACGAAGAAUCGCUGAAUGGCGCCACCGUAGAAACCAAAAGCAAAAUUGGUGAACGUCUCUCUCGUGUAACAUGGGUAAAGGCACGCAGUUUUGUUAUUCUGUACAACCCGUCUUUUUCUUUUGCAAUGGACAUUUUAUUAUACCAGCUUUCUUACAGCUAAAAAUAAAAACACACGCCUACAUAGAAACAAGGUUAUUCCCAUCCCGCUGUUUGCAGAUUUAUAGAUUGUUUUAUUUUCUCUGUGAGGAAAAACAUUGUAUGGCGAUAACGAUCGAACUAGUAAAGCAAACUGGGCACGCAUACAGACGUGCAUCAGGCUAUGUACAAACAGUAAGGAAAGGAAAGAAAAAAAGAUAUACCAGACAGAAAGAGAUAAGGAAAAAAGAAGAAGCGUCUAUAUUUUGUGAUGUUUUUGGGUGGCCAGGUUUGGGGGGUUUUUUUGUAACGGUGUCUUUGAUGAUUGCUUGUAUAUUCAGAAACCGGAGGGGUCGGUAGGGUUGUGUCCGUUCAAAGAACCAAGAAUGUGGAGCCUU